AUGGCUUUGAAGGAUCAAAAGGCAGCAUUGCGAAAGAGACUGAUGGUGAAAGCGGCCAAUAUCACGGAGCAUGUGCUGCGUUUGCCAGCUUAUCAGAAUGCAAAGGCCGUGGCCAUCUUCCUGUCAAUGCCUGGUAGAGAGGCUUCAACUCGAGAUAUCGUCUUGAAUGCCCUCGACAGCGGGAAGGCGGUCUUCGUACCUUACCUACACGCAGGGGAAACUCCAAAAUCAAAGGUAAUGGACAUGCUGCAGUUACAGGACAAGGACGAUUUUCACUCGUUAUGCCCUGAUGCUUGGGGCAUCCCGUCGCUGUCAAAGGACUCGGUCGAGAGGAGGAGGAAUGCUCUUGGUGGAAUUGGGAUCUCGAACCACAAUUCGGGCUACCAACAAGAUCCUCCAAGUCUGGAUCUAAUGUUCAUGCCUGCCGUAGCUUUCGAUCAGUCUCACCGUCGCCUUGGUCAUGGCAAAGGCUUCUACGACCGCUAUCUUUCCAAAUAUAAAGACACUCUCAGCGGAAGCCAAAGUGGACGACCAAUGCCGCUCUUGGUCGGGAUUGCCCUUCGCGAACAGAUUCUGCCGCCUGGCGAGACGAUUCCUGCGGACGAACAUGACUGGACAGUCGAUCAAAUAGUGGUUGCUGAUACCGAGUGA